AUGGCUCGUGAGAACACGCAUCACUCGUCUAAAGCCCAACGUGGACAUCGCCACAAACCGAAGCAGCGCGAAGAAAGGCUCAAGGACAGCCCGAAGAAGCCGGACGUAGCAGCUAAGGGUGACAUCAACGAGAAAGCUCGAACUGCGACCUCGGCGUGGUCCAAUUCGGUGCCCGAUCCCGAGAGCGGGCGCUUCAACUAUCAAGCGCGACAGACGCCUGAUGGACGAUGGCAGUGGACGAUCUCGGGUCUGAGCUCGGGUACGCAUUCGCAGUACUUUGAUCUUGGGACCUCCAUGCCCAUGGUCUAUACAAAAGUUGGGACGACGACACCCUGCAUAGCAGACAACAGCGCGGAGUACCCCUUGCAGAGCCAGCAACCAUAUCAGCAGCCCAAUCAGAUAUCCCCCCAAGAUAGCGGGAGUACUCUCCAGAGCGCUAUAGCUCCCCACGUUGAAAUCGCGAAACCCGCCAUAAAGUUACCCAUCCCGGCUGAGGGAAAAGUUGGUCAAACGGCGGCAGCCGCGGAAAAAAAGCACGCAGCGAAGAAGAACGGUCCUGAGACUACAGGCAGAAGACAAGAUGAAAGGAGACAUGAAAGGAGACAUGGUAGUCAUAGCGGGAAGCAUCGUCGGGACAGAGACCCUGGGCAUGUGCACGGCAAAAAGGAGCAUGCCGGUCGAAAGAAACACGAUAGGGUCGACGCGAAGGGUAAGGUGUCGCAAUGGUUGCACCAGCCUUCUUACGAUGAUCAGUGA